CUGUUUAAAAGAAGCAUGAGGAAUGAAGCAAGAAGACUGAGGACUUUUCGGCGGUGGCCAGCAACCUCACCUGUAUCCCCUCGAGAUUUGGAGGCUGGCUUUUUCUAUCUUGGGCCAGGAGAUGAAGUACGGUGUUUUCCUGGUGAUUGCCCAGCAGCAGAGCAACCGGAAAUUCUUCCAUCCUGUAAGUUCAUUCGUGGUGAGGCUGUUGGGAACCAAGAGAUGCUUCCUCUUCAGGAAGUCGUUGACACUGUGGAUGGGCAGGUCGUCAGCCUAUUGCAGGGGAUGGACAGUGAAGAGGCAGCCGUGCCCCAUGAGCCAGAAUACCCAGCGAUGGUAACAGAGGAGGCGAGACUAUUGACAUUUCAGAACUGCCCACGAUACCCUGCCAUGCAUUAUCAGGCACUAGCUAGAGCAGGAUUCUUUUUCACAGGACAAGGUGGUAUAGUGAGGUGCUUUUACUGUAAUGGAGGUGUGAGGAACUGGCAGAUUGAAAGUGAUCCUUGGUGGGAGCAUGCCAAAUUGUUUCCAGGGUGUGAAUUCUUAUUGCAGUCAAGGGGGAGAGACUUUGUUAGCAGUGUUCAGGAGUCCCUCUCUAACACCCAAGUUCCAAGAGAUUCCAGGGGUCAGACUGGACAAAAUCCACCUGCUUCACGAGGUCAGUGCUGUAAUGGCAUGGUGGUGUCUUCUGUUCAGAGUGCUGUAGUCCUGCUGCUUCUACCCCCCUUCCCCCCCCCCCCCCAAACUCUGAGGAGCUUGAUGAAUCAGGCUCUUCACUGCCUGGAUGAGUUUGUCAUAAUGUGUCAUGUCAUUGAGAUGGGCUUUGACCUCAUAAGCGUGUGUAAGGCGAUACAGAAUAAACGCGUGAUGACUGGGGCUUCCUACAUCUCCGAGUCUGAGCUGAUUGCUGAUGUGCUUCAGGCAGUCAGGGAGAGCAGCAGUGCAGAGAGCAGAGGUGCUGCGCAGGGGGAGGCUGCAGCAUCAAGUUCAAGAGAAGAAAUGCAGUCUGUGCAACAGAGAGAAUCAGAUGAGUCUCGGCCGAGCAUGGAAGAACAGCUCCAACGCCUGCGAGAGGAGAGGAUGUGCAAAGUGUGCCUGGACAGAGAUGUCUCAGUUGUGUUUGUUCCUUGUGGCCAUCUGGUAGCAUGUAGGGAAUGUGCCUUCAAUCUGAGGUUGUGUCCUAUCUGCAGAGCAGUCAUCCAGGAUAGAGUGAGGACUUUCAUGUCCUGAACCAUGAUGUACCAAAGGGGAAAGAGAAGUCCAUAUGACCCAUUCAUAAUGUAGCAGAGGAAGGAACUAAGCAAAUAGUUUGAUGCUGGAGCAAUCCUAUUUGCAGGGUAGAUUGGCAUAAGUGUAAAACAUUACCAAAUGUGCCUCCUAUGUGUGCACAGUGUUUCUAGUAAGAGCUGCUCAUUUGCUGUAGUUGUGCUAAUCCUGUUGUAGGACUGCUCCAGAAAAACUCUGCUGGUUCCAUUUGUCUUCCAAAAAGAAGCUUUUGUUGUUGGAUUCUCCUUCUCCAAAUUCUUGCAUUCUCACAUGAAUCCCUGCUCUGUGUUGAAAUCAAAGGCUGUUUUCAGUA